AUGAAGUUUCUUACGACUAAUUUCGUCAAGUGUGCGGUGAAAAGUUGUGACGCAUCGGAGCUGUCGUUUCCUUUAAAGUACGAGGAGUGUGAACUCCAACUUCAGGAGCACGACUUCAACCCGGAGUUCCUUAUCUCCAUGCUUCCCAGACUGAAUUGGGACGCUAUCGUCCAAGUUGCAGCGGAUCUGGGCAACACUACUCUCCCAUCCACGAAACCAGAGGGCAUCGAGGACAACGAGCAGAUGCUUAAGGACUUGCAUUCAUUACUAUUGGAAACACAAAUCAUAAACGGCAAGAUGACAUGUCGUCACUGCGGACACAUUUACUACAUCAAAGACUCUAUUGCCAACUUCCUGUUGCCUCCGCACUUGGCCAACAGCUGA